AGGAGGGUAGAUAGGAGGGUAGAGGGUGGAGGUUGGCGGGUAGUGGCUGGAUGCAGCCUGACCGCACCGACAGGCUGUUUACAGCUUGCAUCCUCCUUCAGUCUGACGCGAAAGCUGAAAACGUGCACAUCUAAAUGUCACUUUCAAAAGCAUCUCGCAGAAUUUUGCUGUCCGAAAAUUCUGUUUUGAAAGCGAAACUACUAAAUAGGAACCAUAGGGCGUGGAUUCAUGAUUAUAAUGUACAAAGAACAACGGACGGUGAAUUUGUUAGGGUUUAUAAGGAGCUUAGGAACCACAGUGACAAGUUUUAUAAUUACUUGCGGAUGAGCAAAGAAUUGUUUGAUUUACUUUUUUUCAAAGUGCAAAAGUUUCUGCAUCAUGUGACAACAAACUUCAGAGAAACAAUCUCUGCUGAACAACGACUAGUAAUUACAUGCAGAUAUCUGGCUUCCGGGGAGUCCUUCAGUUCGUUGGCAUUGAGAUUUAAGAUGGGCAAGACAACUAUUGCUGAGAUCGUCCAUGACACCUGCCGAGUUAUAUGGGAUAUUUUAAAAGAUGAUUAUCUACCCGCCCCAAAAAAAGAAAUGUGGCUUUCUGUGGCUGAAAAUUUUGAAAAGAAAUGGAAUUUCCCCAACUGUUUCGGGUGCAUAGACGGCAAACACGUAAGAAUAAAGUGUCCUGCCAACAGUGGAUCGCAGUACCACUGUUAUAAACAGUUCUUUUCAAUUUUACUGCAGGCUGUAGUCGAUGCAGAUGGAAGGCUUAUUGCUGUCGACAUUGGCACUCCGGGGAGACAAAGUGAUGGAGGAAAUUUUAGAUCGUCGAAUUUGUUCCGUUUACUUGAAGCUGGAGAACUGAACGUGCCAGAAUGCAGACCUCUUCCAUCUACAAAUACGACAGUUCCAUUUGUCUUGUUAGGAGAUGAAGGCUACCCCUUAUUGUCAUACCUGAUGCGACCUUACCCGCAAAGAGAUUUAGAUGAUCGGAAGAGAGUGUUUAACUACAGGUUAAGUCGUGCGCGAAAUAGUGUUGAAUGUACAUUUGGCAUCAUGGCUGCAAAGUGGAGACUGUUAAAUAAGGCAAUUGAAUCGAAUGUUUCUAAUGCUGUACAAAUAGUUAAAGCUAUUUGCAUCCUACAUAACUUCGUUCUGACACACGAAAGAGAUGUGUACGAGAAAAUGUAUGCCGCGGUGUCCCUAACUUUCAGCCUGUGCAUCACCGAUUCACCACAACAGCAUUAAGAACCAGAGAUCACUUAACGGAUUACUUCAAUGGCGUGGGUUCAGUCCCAUGGCAGGAAGAUUAUGCUCUCCCACAGAACAUUGUGCGCCGCCACAACAGAAACCAAAAUCUUAACAACUUUUCAGUUACAUAAUUUGUUGUGUUUUUAAGAUUCAAUUAGGGCUAAAGUUAUUUUAUGUAGUAUUUGUCUUGAAAUUUAAUGGCUGAAGUGAUAACAAUGGUCUGGGUAAGUUAAAAACAAAGUCAACAGGCAUUACAAUUUAAUAAACAUUGCAGAACAGACAUAUGGAGCAACGUAUGUUCAAAGAAAAUUGUACUUGACACUGUAAAUUAAAAUACGAAUAAAGAU